GAUGUUGCAAACAAUCCAACCCAGCCCCACAAAGCCGGGAAGAAGCAAGAUGACGACUAUGUGGAGCCGGAGGAUGCAUGCCCGCCGCCCGAGCAAGUGUCCAAGAAAACUUUGAUGAAGAGGUUGGAUCGCAUAUGCACCCAGAAAGCUGAUGGAACCUACAAAGUGCCCAUGGAGAUCAUCAGCAGCUAUAAGAACCUUGAGUCGCGAGAGCAAGUUUACCGGGCCUUUGAGAAAUGUGGCUGUGAACCCGAUCCACUGGCCCUCUUCACGAAGCGAAUGAAUCGCAAGUACGAAGAGAUCAAUGAAAAGUCCGUGGAAACGGAGUUCGAGUUCUUAACCGAGGAGGAGAUGGAAGGCAAAGGCUGGAGUGAGUCGCUCAGACUCAUCAUUAAGGGCUUCGGCUUGUGA